AUGGCGAGUAAGAUCUCCCACAUACCCGCAGUCGUGAGCUCCCCGGCGCUCGUCGCCGCGUUGCUGAGCUUUUCGAUCGCCCAAAUCGCCAAAGUGUUUACGCACUAUCACGCCACGGGGAAGAUCGACUACACGCGCGUCGUCGGGAGCGGGGGGAUGCCGAGCUCGCACACCGCCUUAGUGGUGGGUUUGUGUACGUCGAUCGGGUUGAAGGAGGGGAUGUCGAGUAGCAUAUUCGCGCUGUGUUUGGUGUUCUCGCUCGUGGUGAUGUACGACGCCACGGGCGUGCGGCUGCACGCGGGACGGCAGGCGGAGGUCCUGAAUCAGUUGAUCGUCGAGCUUCCGAGGGAUCAUCCGCUGACGGACUCGAGGCCGUUGAGGGAUACGCUCGGGCACACGCCGAUUCAGGUCGUGGUGGGGGCGAUUUUGGGAAUGAGCGUCGCGUACGUACACUUCGUGUUCUGGAUGGCGACGUACGCGCUGUGA